AUGGCGUCAAUAGCAACAAUAUUAGGAAUUACAGAUUGGUGUUUUAAUUUUCUUGGUAUUCUUAUAUUUCUAUUGAUAUUUAUUAUUAUUAUUAUUAAAUGUCGUCGUAAAUUACAUGAUAUUUCGUUAGUAUUAACAUUAAAUAGUUGUAUAGCUUCAAUAUUUACAUGUUUAACCAUAUGCAUAAUGAUCUGUUCGAAUUUAACAACAGGAUUUUUAACUUUCGAUCAUAAAUUUUGUAUUUUUUGGGGUUUACUUCACGAUGAAUUUACAUGUGCUAUUUAUUAUAGUUAUUGUUUACAUGGAAUCUAUCGAUUAUGUCGUGUUGUUUUCUAUAAGAACAAAGUUCUAGUAGUUUAUUCAUUAUAUAUUAAGUUGAUUUUUUGUCAAUGGUUAUUAACUAUUCUUAUACUUCUUCCACCUGUUUUUUUAAAUUGGUAUACAAAAAUAUCAACAGAAAACUAUUGUCUUGUUCCAUAUACAAAUCUUGUUGCUGAAACAUAUCAUAUUAUUGUGAUUUAUCUUAUUCCAUUAAUAUGCAUUGCAAUAAUUUAUAUAAGAAUAACAACAUUUAUACGAAAUUCUUCACAUGUUUCAUUAUUUAUUCUUGAAAAAAGACAACGACAUAGAAAUAUGCGAGAUUUAACUGUUCUUAAACGUAUUAUUAUACUCAUGUUAAUAUUAACUAGUUUGCGUUUACCAGCAACAGUUUUUAUGAUAUAUGAUACUAUUAUUGGACAUUUGUAUCCAUAUACAUUUUCUAUAGUUGGUUUAAUCACAUCCAUAUGUUUAAUAUUUGUUGCUUUAUUGACAAUUCAUAUUACACCACAAUUACGAAAAAAUAUUUUUAUUUUUCAUAAUCGUAGAAACAACCAAAUCAAUGUUCAAGUUAUACCACAACCAGAUUUACCAAUGAAUACUCAUAUUGAAACUAUUCAAUGA